GACAAUUGAAACUCAGCCCAAAGAAGUGAAGGGAAAACUACUUCUCUGCAUACAAGCCCAACCAAGGCUACUUCCAAUUCAGGGGACAAGGAAAAUAUUGAAAAUCAUACUACCCAGGCUUCCCAGUCCCUUGCUAGGGGAUUGUAGGCGGGCUCCACCCCUGACCAUGGCCCCAGCCCCUCACUGGGGUAUCUUAGGUGGGGGCUGUAAUGCUAAGAUAUCCCUAGCCUUGCGUUUUAUUGUUAAGACUUGGAAUAGCUUGGGCUGUAGCUUAGAGGCUGAACUAGCUUGCCAAGGGUUGAGACCCUGGUUUCUACUUCAGCACUGUGAAAGGGUUCACUGCAGCAACUGUAAGAGUAAUUAUAUUUUACAUUACUCUAUAGAAAAGCAACCUUGGGUGUGGCUUAGUGACAUUCGCCUGGCAUGCUAAGGCUCGGGGUACCAUUGCCAGCACCAACAUCUGAAAACGAGCCAUCGUCUGCUACUCCCCACAUUUAGAGCAUAACAGACCAUCAUCUAUUUGGGUAGCAAAUGUCACUUGAGUUUCUCAUUAACUGAAUCAUGACACUGGUUGGCCUGCAAACCCAUGGAUAAUUUUUCUUUUGACAUUGAAAGUUUCACAUAGCUUGGAACUCUUGUCCCUCCAUCUCUCGAGUGCUCAGAUUAUAGCCAUAUGCCACCAGGCCCCAGUUUUUAGAUUUUUGGCUAGGCUGACCCAUGUAGUCCAAAGUGGGACAGUGUGGGCUGAGUGGCACUGGAAACAAGGCUUUUUCUCCAGCCAAACCUGAAAGUACUGUGGCCAGAGGCAUGGACAGUGGGUCUGGGAGUCACUUCACCCAGCCCUUCUUGGCUGGCUAAUGUGCUUGACAUGGUUUACAGCCAGGUCCCUCCCAGUCCCCAGAGCCAUGCUGCCUAGCAACAGCUGUGCCAAACAGGACGCGCAGACCUCCGUGGAGCUCCACCGCAGGAUUCAGGGGUACAGACAGGCCAGCUGUUCACUUGUACCCAUAAUGGAUGCUGUGAACGCCAUCAUGGAGAGGUUGAGGACCCAGUGUCUGUCCCAAGGGGCCUUGGGUAUCCAGGGAGUGGCCAGGUUUUUCCGUCGCCUGGACAAGGAUGGCAGCCGGUCCCUGGACGCAGGGGAGCUGAGGCGGGGCCUGGCACAGCUGGGGCUGGAGGUGGACGAGGCAGAGGCAUUAUGUAGGUGCUGGGACUGUGAUGGCAGUGGGACCCUGGACCUGGAGGAGUUCCUACGGGCACUGCGGCCACCCCUGUCCCCGACUCGGGAAGCUGUCAUUGCAGCUGCCUUCGCCAAGCUGGACCAGACUGGGGAUGGUGUGGUGACCAUAGAUGACCUGAGAGGGGUGUACAGUGGUCGGGCUCACCCCAAGGUGUGCAGUGGAGAGUGGACAGAGGAUGAGGCCCUCCAACAAUUCCUCGACAACUUUGAUACCUUUGAGAAGGAUGGGCAGGUCACACUAGCUGAGUUCCAAGACUACUACAGCGGACUCAGCGCCUCAGUGGAUACAGACCCAGAGUUUGUGGCUAUUGUGAGCAGUGCCUGGCGCCUGACAUAGUUUACCUCACCUGCCUAACAGCUGCACUUAGCCUAGUCUCUUGAUCCGCCUGCCACCCUCUGCCACUACUGUCCCAGGGGGCCCCAACUAGACACAGGGAGGGGGGAUGUGUGAGAAUGGAGGUUGAAGAACCGGCUGGACCAGGUCUCUUGCAGGGCCACCCACAGGCCUGGCAAUGGCUGGAUUGAUUAUUGACCCCAUCAGGGGCCCCCAUGGCCAAAUCCAGCCUGACUGGCUGCCAGGUGCAAAAGAGUCUAGGGCUUUAGUUAAAAGUUUUAAUGCAGUUCUCAAAUACGUUUCAUAUGACAAUCUUACAUAAAUGUUCCAAAACACA